AUGAGGACUCAUACUGGAGAACGGCCAUUUGCAUGUAACUUGUGCGGUAAAACGUUCACACAGAGACCUGAUCUGAAAAAUCACAUGGCAACUCAUUCUGGAGAAAGGCCUUUUCAGUGUGACUUAUGCGGAAGAAAUUUUGCUCUAAAAAACAUCCUUAGAAAGCACAAAAGAGUACAUGCAAAGUAUCAAGCGCCUAUAAAGUCAUCUAGCAAUGAUAUCAGUAGAGAACAAAAUCCAAAAGGAGAAAUCAAUAGUGACCCCGCAUUUUCUUGUCUGAAAUGUAAUAAGAAGUUUCCAUGUACAGUCACGUUUAAUAAACAUAUGGAACAUCAUGCGGCAGGCAACGUGUUCCCUUGUGAUGAAUGUGGGGAGGAUUGCAAUAAUAAAUCUGAUCUCUGGAAACAUGAGUGUAAGCACAAAGCAGAAAUAUCUUUCAUUAAAAUUGAUGAUGAAAAGCAAUAUGCUAAAACUGAAUCUGUUCCUCAUGUGGAUUUACAAAAUGAUUCCAGUGAGGCCUCAACUACAGUUGAUGUGGUUGACAGUCAAAUAUCUCAAGAACAACUUGAAGUCUGUUCAUCAAAAGCUCUGGAUCCUUUGUUAAUUGCCAAAGUAGAAAUGAAGCAAGAAACUCCUGAUAUUCAAGAAAUAUCUGUAAAACAGGAAGAAAUAGAAGAUAUACCUAUGAAACAUCUUUGA